CGCUUCAUCACACAACCUCCAAUCUUCAAUACGAUCAGAUUCAGCAGAUAUCUGUGCCGACAGUUGAGACUCCUCCCCUCCUGUCCGCCAGACUGUUGAUCUACCUCCACACGUCAUCGACGAAAUUGCUCGAAUCAUGGCAGCACCUCAAGUACACCACCUGUUCCACGCGCCCAUCAAUGACCAUUCCUUCUCAGCUGAUCGAAGUACGCUGGCCGUGUGCAAGGACAACAACGUCGAGCUCUUUCGCAAUUCAGGCGCAGGCUUCAAGCUUCAGGAUGAGCUCCGAGGUCAUGACAAGACCGUCACCGGCGUGGACAUUGCCCCACACAGUGGCCGCAUCGUGACCUGCAGCCAAGAUCGCAAUGCGUACGUUUGGGAACCCAGUCAGACUGGUGAGUGGAAGCCGACUUUAGUGCUUCUACGUAUCAACCGAGCGGCCACUUGUGUCCGCUGGAGUCCGAGCGAGAACAAGUUCGCCGUUGGAAGUGGUGCACGUAUCAUUGCCAUCUGUUAUUUCGAGGAGGAGAAUGACUGGUGGGUUUCUAAGCAUCUCAAGAAACCACUGCGCUCCACUGUCACGAGCGUGGCCUGGCACCCAAACUCUGUUCUUCUAGCCGCUGGUAGCACAGAUGGACAUGCACGUGUCUUCAGCUCUUUCGUUAAGGGCACUGACGAGCGCCCCGAGGCAACUGCAUGGGGUGAAAGGCUACCAUUCAACACGGUCUGCGGAGAAUAUCUGAACGCGACCGCCGGCUGGAUCCAUGGUGUCGCAUUCUCCCCGUCGGGAGAUGCAUUGGCGUUCACCGCCCACGAUAGUAGCGUUACCAUCGUCUACCCGAGUGCUCCGGAGCAGCCACCAAAAGCUGUCAUUUCCGUUUCCACGCAACUGCUUCCUUUUGCAGAUUUGAUCUGGAUAUCCGAGUCUGAACUUGUCUGUGCAGGCUACGAUUGUGGCGUUUAUCGUCUUUCCGGCAAUCAAAAUGGCUGGCAGUUGACCGGCUCUUUGGAGAAGCCUGCAGGAGCGGGUAAUGGUCAGGCGCGAGAGGAAAGUGCGUUGAGUUUGUUCAAGUCUAUGGAUCUCAAGGGUCGCAGUGGCGCCGCCGACGAUACGAAACUACACACGGUUCAUCAGAACACAAUCAACACCAUCCGGGUUUUCCAAGGGAGUCCCGAGCAGAUCUCCAAGAUUAGCACAGGUGGUGUGGAUGGACGAGUGGUUGUGUGGACUUUGUAAUGAUCUAUGGAGGGAAGGAUUUUGGGGUUUCACGCAGCGUCGCCACGCAGUCUAUUAUCCAAACUUGCGACCAAUGUUCCGUCAUGUCCCUGGAAAUAUAUGCUGCAAACAAACUCGUGGUACUCUUGUCGUGACGGAGACCGAUCAGCUGGAGCCCAGUGAUCCAACCCCAACCCUAAGCCCGAACGUUGCCCAGGUGCAGCUGCCCAGAUAGGUGAGGUCGUGCCCAACAGCCAGCCCUCUCUGCACCAUGACGUUGUCUCGACGAUAGUUUCUAAAAGUUCCCCUCGUCCUACUCCCCAUUGAGGUAUAUACCUGGGUA